AAAAAAAAAAAAAGCAAUAGCUGGACUAUAAAAAUGAUAAUAAAAGAUUUUCCUAUCACAAACACAUCUCUUUUCCUUUUUCUUUUUUUAUUUCCAACUUUUUCUUUCUGUGUGUCAAUCCGGGGGUUUACUUUUUUAUUAUUAUCUAUUUAUUUAUCAUAUCAUGAAUAAUAAUAAUAAUUCAUCACCCCCACCUCUACCUCCACAUCAUAAUUAUCCAUAUAAUCCAUAUAUACAACCAUCUCCAACAUCAACUGCUAUAUCACAAUAUUCUAUUGAUGAUGAAAAAUAUCAUCAUCCGACUGGUAGAGGAAGCAAAUGCAAGGCCAUCAGCACGAGGUUUAUCAAGAUUGCAACAAGACAUUGAAUCGACUUACUCCAGCGAAAAACAUGUACAACGACGACGGACGGCAUUGAAGGACCGGCACUGUUGUAUUCGGUGUUGUUGUUGUGCCUGUUUUCCUAAAUGGGCUCGAUAUGUUAUCUGGACUUUUAUCAUUGCCAUCCUUAUUGUCAUCAUCAUCAUUGGUUCCAUCUUUGCUACAUUUAAAAUGCCCACGUUUGGAUUUGUUGGUUUGGCCGAUAGUAAUUCAUCCACUUUGUCCACUUCGAAUUUCCAGGUCAAUGAUGGUCGAUUCAACUUUAAUUUUGGUCUACGCAUCAAUGUUUACAAUCCAAAUAUCUUUCCUUUACAUUUUUCAAAUAUGAAUGCAACGGCUUAUUACCCAUCCGAUAACAAUCCAGACAUCAAAACACUCAUUGGAGGUGGAUUCUUACAAAGUCAAUGGAUUCCUAAACAAACCAAUUUGACAUUUACUUAUCCUUUCCAAAUUGAAUACGAUCCUUCUCUUGAUGCUGAUCAAAGUGUGUUGAAUAGUUUGACAGACAAGUGUGGCCUGACUGGGAAUCCAGCUCAAGAUCUUUCCAUUGAUUACACCAUUGAACUUGCCGCUUCAGCUUUAUUUGUUACUCUACAUCCUACCAUUGCUUCUUCUGCUCAAUUCCCAUGUCCUCUCAAUUCUGAAAUGCUUCAAGGUGAUACCUCUGGAUAAAAUAUUGAUGAAUGAAUUUUUGAAUAGAUAGAUAUAUAGAAAUGUAAAUUUAUUUUUUUUUUUUUUACUAUUAUUAUUUUGUAUUCUUCAUUUUUUCCUGUUGUGCUCAUCAUCAGAUACCCCCCCCUCCUCAUUUGAAAUGACAAAAAUAAAAAACAAACAAACAAUUACUGCUAUUUUUUUACCAUGAGUAGAUAACAUCCUCCAUCACCAUCACUACAAUGUAGACCAAAGCAUGAUGGGUACAUAAACAUGACCGACAGAAAAAGGGGGGAUGAUCAUACAACUCGCCACUGUUGACAUAUGUUAAAGACUUCCCAUCUAUGUGUAUUCUAAAAAAAAGGGUCAUCUUUCCCAAAAU